AUGUCUGGAAACCUCUUUGUUCGUGACGGCUACCCGUCUCUUCACGAAGUCAAGUCUGAAGAUAACGACAUUAAUAGUGACGAGCCCAAUGGCAAUGCUAUCAAGAUGGAUCUUUCCGGACCCCAAGAUAACUUAGCAAAUAGGGCAAACGAGCAGACAGACGGAGAUCGAAAAAGGUCUGGCGAUGAAUCAAACCCGGCUUUUACCAUUACAACCAACCGCACUGGAGAUGAGCCGAUACCUCCCAAAGAUGGUCUGGUCUUGGGAGGUGGCCAGACAAUCAAGCUUAUGCUUGUGCCGGACAAGCCACCAGCACCUCCACCCCCUCCAGCGAAGGAGAAGAAGCCCCAUCCUCAAGCCAAGAUGAAGAAGUUUUGGAAGAACUUCGACCCUGAGUACACUGGCAAAGUCACCCGCGUUCUACCCGACCGCAUCACGGAAAGGGAUCUCAGUGCCGUGACACUGAUUGGCGAAAUUGCCCACAGGGCGAUCAAAUCGUAUGAAGAUGCCAAGGCAUCUUGUAUACGGGACGUGAAACGAAUCAUCAAGGAAUGUCGAGCCUCGAAUCAGAAAUAUACCGAUUCUCACUGGGAUAUCGAAAGAGAUCUGAAGAUCACAAGGAUCAGGGAUUGUCUGGAUGGUCUGAUCAUCGAAGAUGACGACAAAGAAUAUCCGGCAGAUGCAAAGCGAGUUACUGACAUCUUCGACGAUCCAGAGUUCUACGUAGAUGGGGUCUCCUAUGACGAUAUUUUACAGGGGUCAGCAGGAGACUGCUGGUUCCUAGCCGCCAUUUCUACUUUGAGCUGCAAUCAAGAAUUCAUUGACCGUGUUUGUGUAAUUCAAGACCAAGCCGUUGGUGUCUAUGGCUUUGUCUUCCACCGUGACGGUGAGUGGCACCAAUGCAUCAUUGAUGACAAGCUGUAUCUCCGAGCACCAGCAUACGACGAGAGUGGAGAUGUUGUCUUGGGACAAUAUGGAAUUCGACGGCCGGACCAGGAAGAUCAGUAUCAAGAACUCUUCCAGCGCGGGUCUAAAUCGUUGUACUUUGCUCAAUGCCGGGAUCAAAACGAGACUUGGGUGAGCCUUCUUGAAAAGGCCUAUGCCAAAGCACAUGGAGAUUAUGCAUCAAUCUCGGGUGGACAAACCGGGGAGGCAAUCGAAGACCUUACUGGCGGCGUCACCACCGAAAUCUACACCACCAACAUCCUCGACAUAGAUGCUUUUUGGAAAAAUGAGCUCAGCCGCAUCGGAAAGGAUUUCGUUUUCUCCUGUGCUGCUGCACGCUGGCGCGAGUGGCGCCCAUAUCUUGUGGCGAACGAAAAGGUCCGAGAGGAACGUCGGUCAGGAAUCGUCAGCCAGCACGCUUACGCCGUCCUUGAUACGUACGAAGGCUACGGACAGCGGUUGGUCAAGAUCCGCAAUCCUUGGGGCCGAAAAGAGUGGACAGGUGCCUGGAGUGAUGGUUCCAAAGAGUGGACCGCUGAGUGGUUGACACGACUGAACCACCAAUUUGGCGACGACGGUAUCUUCUGGAUGACCUACAAAGACAUGCUGAGCAAGUACAAAUACAUUGAUCGGACCCGCAUCUUCGGACCGGACUGGCAUGUUGCUCAGCAAUGGAUGUCGGUGCAAGUACCCUGGAGUACGCUGGACUACCAGACCAACCACUUCUCGAUCGUUGUCCCUGAAGACACCGAUGCUGUGAUUGUACUUUCCCAACUUGAUGAACGGUACUUCAAGGGAUUGCAGGGAAAGUAUAAUUACACUUUGCAAUUCCGGGUGCAGAAAGACGACGACGAUGAAGAGGAGUAUCUCGCUCGAAGUAAGAUGAACUAUGAGCUGAUACGCUCCGUGAAUGUGGAAGCACAUCUAACUAAAGGUACCUACACUGUACUGGUCAAAGUCGAAGCGCAUGCAACCGGACGAGAUGAAGUGGAAAAUGUCAUCAGAAAAAACAUCCACCGACGAGAUAAGAUCACUCAAAUUGGCAAACUUUACGAUCUAGCUCAUCAAAAGGGCCAGCUCCCUACGUCCUCAUCGCCGUCGGAAGCUACCUCAACUUCCCCAUCUGGGACAUCGACUCCUAUCCCGGCUGGAGUGAGAACUCCUUCUACGUCGUCAUCUUGUCAAGCGCCCGCAGUGGAUGAGGGGAAACAAGAUUCUGACGACAAUGAAAAAGACCCCAAUCGCAACCCAUGGAAUGCGAGCUGCGUGGUCGGGCUUCGUGUGUACAGCAAGCAGCCGGAUCUUGGACUAAAGGUCGUCGUGCCGUCAAAGGACGAUAUCAACGAGAUGCCGACGCUUGAUCGGGAUGACGUGGCAAAGAGCGCCUUGGACGAGGUCCAAGCCGUUGCAGAGAAGGUGGACGAAGUCGCUGGGGAUAAGAAAGAAGGAGAAGGAGAUGUUGAAGAUGAAGAGAAGAGAAAUGACGGAGCGAAACCAGAUGAGGCAGAGACAAAGAAGGCUAUUGCCCGGAAGGGAAACAACGUUGUCGAGAGUGACGACGACGAGUAA